AAAUAAUUUGAGGAUGUUGUAUAGAUAGUGUAUGUUAACAAGACUUGCCUCACGUACAUUAGUUCGAUCCCUCGCUGCUCUAGCAAGACCACCCCGGUGGUUCCCAAGUGUUCCUCAACUCCAACUCCCCCAGCAUCGCUACAUCAUGUCGUUUUGUGGUUGGGAUAAAGGAGAGGUCUACAAAGAUCACUUCGAUAACGGCACCUACGUUUGCAGUAAAUGUGAGAACCCUCUCUUCAAGUCUGCUGCUAAAUACAAACACAGCACUCCUUGGCCUGCAUUCACCGAGCCGAUCACUAAGCAAAGCCUCAAGAAGUACCAUGAAACUGAAAUGGCUUUGAAGGUAUUGUGUGGCAAGUGUGGACAAGGUCUAGGCCACCAGUUUCUAUGUGACGGCCCUACCAAAGGGUCCUCCAGGUUCUGAAUAUUCUCCCAUUCUCUGAAGUUUGUUGAAAAACCUGCAGAGAAUGGAAACUAAUUCCUCCUGGUCGAGUGGUGCUGUGACGUCAUACGUCUGUGAUGACGUCACUGUUGCUAUGACGUUGUCAAGGGAAACCUGUAUGGGCCUUGGUAACCGAUACAAGUGCUACCCAUGGAGUAAAGAGGGAACAAUUAUUUGUGAAAGUGAUUGAAAAUUGUAUGAUAAAUUAUUCUGAUAAAAAGCAGUGAAUCGUGUGAUAAUUAUGGAACUUAAAAAUUUUAUACUCAAGAGUUUAUCUUUUCAAUUUUCUUAACUAUGCAGAAUUAUACGAUUAUUUGAUUUCUAUAUUAUUUUUCUUAAUUGCACACAAAAAGAUUGAGAGUUGUGACCCUCAGAUUGAUUUUCUUGUAAAAGUGCAAUGGGGCAGGAAACCGUGUUUUGACACUGGGAUAAUAAUAAUAAAAAUGUGAACUGCCUCCUCAGAUCUCAUAAGUUAUGAUGUGUUUAAUUUACGAAAUUUAUAGAUGUUCUCAGUACUGUAAAUAUUUAGAAGAUGAAGAUUUAAAUACUUUGCAUUAUUAAA